CAAUGAACUGGAGGCCGGCUCUCAGCUUAGCCCUACUGUGGGCAGCGUGGCUAGUAUGUGGCUCUGAGAAGACUGUGAGGCUAGCAGAGAGAGGGAGCCAUGGAGUUAGGAAAGUGCCCCUGGCUUACAGGGCUCAAAGCAGCCUCCUGAGAAGGUCUGGAGCAUCCCUGAGGAAUUUGAGCCCAAAUCCCCAACACCCUGUCACCAAGAGGGAUUCUUCAGCACCUCCAAAGGCACCUGCCAAUAUCCUGCAAGGGGAAGCGCGUUCCCAGGCCAGGGGCACGGGGACUAGAACGAGACGGGUACAGAGACUCACAGCUGCAGCCAAAUACUCCAAGUCUGAGAUGAUUAAGGAUGAAGGGAUAUCCUCUGCCUCACAGACACGAGUGGUACGUUUCCCUUCGGGGUCAAGUUCUCCCAAUGUCCUGGCCAGCUUUGCUGGGAAAAAUCGGGUGUGGGUCAUUUCUGCUCCCCAUGCCUCUGAGGGCUACUACCGGCUGAUGAUGAGCCUGCUGAAGAACGAUGUUUACUGCGAACUGGCUGAGAGGCACAUCCAGCAGAUUGUGUUGUUCCAUGAUGAAGGGGAAGAAGGGGGAAAAGUCAGAAGGAUAACCAACGAAGGAAAAAUCCUGGAGCAGCCACUAGAUCCUGCCCUCAUACCUAAGCUCAUGAGCUUUCUGAAACUGGAGAAGGGGAAAUUUGGCAUGGUGCUGUUGAAGAAAACGCUGCAGGUGGAGGAAAGGUACCCUUAUCCAGUCAGGCUAGAGGCUAUGUAUGAAGUUAUUGAUCAGAGCCCUAUCAGAAAAAUUGAAAAGAUGAGGCAGAAAGGCUUCAUCCAGACUUGCAAAGCAGCUGGGGUGGAGGGACAAGUGGUUGAGGAAGCCAAUAAUGGGGGCAGCACGCAGCCUACCCCUGGUGGUGGACAUGUCCAGGUGUCAGCAAGGAAGGAGGAGCCAAGGAGGAGCAAUAAUCAACCCACAAGGACCAAAACAGUGAGGAAACCAAUGACAACCACGGUGGCCACUUCUCUGCCUACAGUAAGGACCACUACCCUCCCUCCCACCACAACUACCCGUGCCACCACACGUGCAGUGACAACAGCAAGCCGGUCUAUGACAACAACUACACCCCUCCCCACCACUCAGAGGACCUGGACCACAAAGUCACAUUCCACCACAGAGUACCACAGGCUUCCAGUAGCUCCCGAUGCGACCACGCCACGAGUCACAGCCUCUGAGGAUUUCUACUCUCCUGUGUGGAAGGCAAACCGCAGGGACCGGCAGCGUGGCCACCCAGAGAAACACCCAGCGGCCACACGGAAACCAAGCAAAGCUGCCCGCUAUGACAGUUCCACAGAAGUCCCAACAGCCCCCUCAGUGUACUACACAAAGGCCAAUGUGGGUAGAUUUAAAGAUAAUCGAACAGACAGGAAGGACUAUAACCAUAGGGACCUGAAUGUCACACCAGGGCAACACAAAACAACUAAGACUAAACCAUCAAAAAAGAAGGCCCAAGAAAAGAUACUGAGCAAUGAAUAUGAAGAUAAAUAUGAUCCGAGCAAGCCAGCUAGUUCCCAUUUAGAGGAAGAGAUUGCAGCAGGAAAUAUUCCCCCAAAGAAAGGAAAAGAAUCAAAGAAGCACGAGCGAAUGGAUAAACCCGAGAAGAAGAAGAAGAAGAAGGACAGACCUGACAAGCUGCAAAAGAGUGAGAAGCAAUCCAAGAAGGACAAAGCUGAGAAAAAGAGCAAGCAGGACAAAGACCGUAGCAAGAAGAACAAGAAAGGGAGCAGGACUGAGAAUGAGGAUUUCCCCAAGCCCAACAAGAAGCCUUUCCUACAGCCUCCCAGGAAAUCAGUGAACGACCUCCUGGAAUAUUUUGAAGGCAAAAGGCGUCUCAUUCUGAUCACGACCCCCAAGGCGGACAACACGAUGUAUGUACAGCAGCGAGACGAGUAUCUGGAAAGCUUCUGCAAGAUGGCAACGAGGAAGAUCUCAGUCAUUACCAUUUUUGGCACCAUGAACAACAGCAGCAUGAAAAUUGACCACUUCCAGCUAGACAAUGAAAAGCCCAUGAAAGUGAUAGAAGAUGAAGAUCUUGUGGACCAGCAGCUCAUCAAUGAGUUGAGGAAAGAGUAUGGGAUGACCUACAAUGACUUCUUCAUGGUGCUGACAGACACUGACAUGAAGGUCAAG